UUUGGCUCCAGCAUUUCCUAAGCUGUCUACUAUCUUCUGGUGAGCCGACGCGCAAGAUCAGAAUAUGGCGGCGCCAUUUCUGGAAGAGCCGUUGUACUCCUUCUGGAAGAACCAGGGGGCUGGUGAGGACACAGCCGAGACGCCAGGCAUGCGCAUGGAUAUCGAGAAGCACCGCAUGAAGUAUCGUGCUUUUCGACUGGGCUACGCUGCUUCCGAAAAGUCCAACGAGGCGCAGGGCGUGGAGAUUGAUCCUGCCGAGUCGCUUCCCAUCGACGCCCCGCUGUUUCAGCACCUGAGCGAUACGAAGAGGACGGAGAUUAUCAAGUACAGGGCCGACUAUCGCAAGUACCGCCUUGGCUACGCAACUGGUGCCAAGGGCGAGGUCGCUGAUAUCUUCAAGAAGCACAUGAACUCAGAGGAAGAAUACAAGGGCGUGGAGACGAUUCUGGAGCGGACUGUGUCCAGUGGCUCUGGUGCGGAUGAUGAUGAGGCUCUAGCGCGCACCUUCAGCGAGCCUGCGCAGACCUGGAGGCCCAGGCUACCAUCUGGCCUCGUCUCUGGGUUGUCGGGCAUUUUCUCCGAGGCUUUGUGCCAGGAGGUGGAUGAGACGGCUAAGACCAUGUACUUUACGCAGCCCAAGUCAGUGCUGCCUGACCCCGGGGCCAGCUACUUUCAGGUGCCACAGCUGGAGGACGGCACGCUGCAGCUGGAUGCCGAGCUUCUCAUGGCCCACACCCCGCUGCCCAAGGCGGCCUCAGAGUUCUCCUCGAUCCACGUGGUGCAGACAUCAGGCGUCGCAGCGAAGAUCACAGCGGCACAGAUCAGGAACUCGGCGGCGCGGAUCGGGAAGAAGUGUGUGACCCACGACUGGCCAGAGCUUGCCAAGGAUGCCAAGGCGGAAUUCGAUGCCUUGUAUGCGCUGGGCAGUGACCUGAUCCUGAAGGGGGCCAACCGCGCCACGCUGCUGGUCUUCGUGGGCGCCGGGGAGCCGGGGGAGAUGGCGCUGGCGGUGAUCCUCGCCAUGCUGCCCUUCCGUGGCAUUCAACUGGCCUACGUCACCCCGGCUGAGGAGUACGAGAACCCGCUGGAUACCUUGACAUCCCCCAGCGGCGUCUUUGAGUACACCGCCACCCAGCCCGAGCGCAUGGGUCGCGCUUCCUUGGCGGCCGUCUUCGGCCCUCUGGAGUCCACCAGCUUCAAGAAGCCGCUCUCCGAGUGGAAGCCCCUGAGACCCGACGUGCAUCCGGAGGAGAAGCCGGCCCCCUUCAAGAUUGGGGGCCUGGACUUGCCAAUGGUGACCUACGAGGGCGCCUACAGCGACGGCGUGGAGCGCCUGGCGGACCUCUUGGUGAGGCACUACGGCAGUGACAUCUACCCAGUGGUCUCCGUAGGGGAGACUGGUGAUGCUUUGGGCUAUGGCGAUGACCUGUUGGGAGCGCUCGCGAGCAGAGACUGCCCGGGCUUCUACUUCCCCCAUGCCUCGGGCGAGACCUGCAAGAGCCCUGAGGCCUAUGGCAAGGCCGAGCUGCUGGAAGCCAUCGGGGCCGCGAAGCGGGCGCGGAAGACGGUGCUGGUCAUUGCUGUGGGAGGCGGUGUGAACGGCAACGCCACCGGUAUGAUCGCCGCCAUGGCGGGCGCCGCCUUCAUCGAGGUGCCCACCACGCUGAUGCACUACAACGACGCCACCACCUCCGCCAAGAAGGCCUUCAGCCUGGUGGUGAACGGGCAGAUUCUCUCCAAGAACAUUCUGGGCACCUUCUACCUGCCGCAGCUGGUCUUUUGCAUCAGCGAGACCUUGCUGACCCUGCGGCUCGCACGGCCGGUUUCCGGAGCCUCCAUGGUGGGGUUGAGAGACCUCAAGGGCCAAGAGGUCGACUUCUUCGUGCGAAUCGGGUCAAGUAGAAGGUCCAAGUGCAGUGUGCACGCGGCGGUGGGCGAGGCCUGCAAGACGAUGGGGAUGUUGGGCAUCGCCAAUUCCAAAGCUGGACAGCGGGACUGGCACAACAUCCUGGGCGCCGUAGAGUUCGCCAGCGACUUCACCAAGGUCAUCGAGACGGUGGGAGGCUUCGAAGAGCUGAUCCGGUUCCUCCACAGCACCCGGGAGCUGAAGGCGGAAGCCUUGGCGUUCGGAGAGGAGCUCAGCGGCAUGCGCAUGGAGCGCGCUUCCUACGGGCAGAUGGCCAACGUCGCCAAGCUCCGCGAGGCUCGCCUGAGGAAGCUCAGGCAAGUUUUCCGCAGUCAGCUCUCCUCGGAGGCUCGGGAGGCCGUCAUCCAGUUUCUCACCGUCAUCAACACGGAGAUCAUCGCUGCGAAGGCCAUGUUCCUGGCCUACUCCGACCCCUUCGAGAAGUACCGCGCCCUGCUCUUUGAGUAUGCGCACACCUUGGGCCACGGCGUCGAGGCUUUCAUGAACGGCCUGUACCGAAGAGCCACCGCCUGCGGUUUGGACUACUCUGAGGCAUUCCGUCUUCAUGGUCAGUGCGUGGGCAUGGCGGUGCUUUGGGCAGGAGAGAUGUCCAAAGAACAGGGCCUGCUGGACGGCGACGGCUUCCUGGCGCACCAGGCCUUGCUGUACACCUUCAAUCGCUUCGGCGGCUACGAUUUUGCCCCGCUGCGGCGCCUCUGUGACCAGCUGGACGUGUCCAAGGAGGAGUUCUGUGAAGGCGUGCUCCAGGUGGUACGCCGCGACAACAAGCGGGGCUACUGCAAGUGCCGCGAGGACAGCAGCGUGGAUCAGCUGGUCCGGGACCGCCCCGGUUGCCUGCUGCGCAGCGACGACCCCGAUGCGGAGCUGAGAUAUCUCGUGGAGGUCACAGAGGAUUCGCAGCGGGACGUUUUGGAGAGGGCAUUUGACGGCGAGUUCGACAAGGUCGCGGUGCUCAAAGGCCCCGCGCUGCAGCUGGUGCCCCGCGAGAACUUCUGCGAGGAGUCGGAUCAGAUGCAGACAGCAUCUGCCCUGCGUGGUUUGAUCGCCAGCCUGUACUGAUCCAGGGCGUGCGAUGAGUCUAUGAGUCGCUCACUGUUCUUCCUGCGGCUCUGUUCUGACGCAACAUCGUCACGAGAGUGAGUAGCCACCAGUUCCCUCCAUGUUCAUAGCAUGCAAGCAAUAAGCAAUGCAGUGAGAAGCCUGCAGAAC